AUGGCUAAGUAUGGAGAACUAGAUUCUUCUAUCUCUAAUAUAUUGGUGUUACUUGGGGUGAUUUUUACAUAUCUCUUGGAUGGAGGAAGAGUUAGUAUUGCAAUUACAGCAGUUAUUUUAUACAUUAUAGUUCAGCUAGAAAGUGGUGAUGGGCAAGAAGCUUCAGUAAUUGCUGUUGAGAAAGAUUCUCAGAAGGUGAAGUCUUCAGUUUGUAACAGUAGUGGGUCUGGUGGAUGCUGUUCAACUAAAACUGGCGCUAAAACUGGCGCUAAAAAGAAAGGAUGUUGCGGUGGGAAAUGCAAGUCUAAGAGUGUGGAUGCUGUUCGUGAAAUUGCAGUUACCUCUGUUACUGGCCAAGUUUCUUCUGGAAGCUAUCCUAUUGCCAUAGACUUUACCAAUGCCUUUAAUACGAAAAAAGUCAAAUCUAAAACCGUUUCAAAAAAGGUUCGCAAGUUAAUAUCGAGCGAGGUUAAAACUAGGUCGCGCGAUGACUUAGUAAAACAAGCUUUGACGAUUUCUAACGAGAAAUUGAUGGCAUCUCAAGUUUUUGUGUUCUACAGUUCUUUACAGGGUACCGCAAAACGUUCAGCGGAGCGAGUAACGGAAAUCUUGUCUAAAACUUAUUCUCUAAAAUUGGAACCAAUACUGAAAAAUCUCGAUGAAUUAGAAGAUUUUGAGCAGUACUUUGUUGAUGUUCCAUGCGAAAAUGCUCUAUAUGUGCUUGUUAUUCCGUCUUAUGAUACAGAUUCGCCAUUGGAUUAUUUCCUUGACUGUUUGGAGGAGUAUUUUAAUGAUUUUAGAAUAGACAAGUAUCCAUUGAGGAAGCUCGUUGGUUAUGCUAUAUUAGGCAUUGGUGAUUCCGAGUCAUGGCCUGAAAAGUUUUGUUAUCAGGCAAGAAUUGCCGAUUUAAAAAUUGCGAAGCUGGGAGGGAGAAGAGUGUUUCCAGUGGGUGAAAUUUGCAUGAAAUUCGGUGGGGAUUCCGAGGUAGAUAGUUGGGCUCGUCUAUUUGCGGACACUUUACAGGAUGAUGAGCCUAUUUUAUAUGAGUACGAUGAAUCAGUGGAAGACGAACCGGAUGAAUCACUAGAGCAGAGUACUGGCGAACCAUUAGUUGACCUAGAAGAUAUUGGUAACUCCUCAGUGGCAUACGACUCCAACACUGCCAUAAAGCAAAUGGUUGCGGUGGAUAGUCCAACUUACAAAAAUCUCACAAAGCAGGGCUAUUCGAUAGUUGGUUCUCAUUCCGGUGUUAAAAUUUGUAGAUGGACUAAAAAUGACUUGCGUGGAAGAGGCUCUUGCUAUAAGCACUCAUUGUUCAACAUUGUAUCAAGCAGAUGCAUGGAAUUAACACCUUCUCUAGCCUGUUCAUCUAAAUGUGUGUUUUGUUGGAGACAUGGUACUAACCCUGUUUCUAAAAACUGGAGAUGGGAGCUUGAUGAACCAGAGUUUAUACUAGAAAAUGCUUUAAAAGCUCAUUAUUCUAAAAUUAAGCAGAUGAGAGGUGUACCAGGAGUCAUCGCGGAAAGGUUUUCCAAAGCUUUUGAGGUUGCCCAUUGUGCAUUAUCCUUAGUUGGUGAACCAAUUAUGUACCCCCAUAUCAACAGGUUUAUCGAAUUAUUACACGAGAAGCAUAUCUCGAGUUUCUUGGUUUGUAAUGCUCAGCACCCUGAGCAGCUCGAAAUUUUAGGUAAGGUUACGCAACUAUACGUUUCCAUCGACGCACCAACCAAACAAGAGUUGAAGAAAAUCGAUAGACCACUGUACAAGGAUUUUUGGGAAAGAAUGCUAGUGUGUUUAGAUCUCUUGAAAACUACACAAUCUCAUCAGAGAACUGUUUUCAGAUUAACGUUAGUUAAGGGCUUCAAUAUGGCAGAUGUUAGUUCAUAUGCCGACUUGGUUAAAAGGGGUUUGCCAUGCUUCAUUGAAGUUAAGGGCGCUACCUUUUGCGGAUCAUCGGACGCAAAUGGUAACCCAUUGACCAUGCAGAAUAUACCGUUCUAUGAAGAAUGCAUCAAAUUUGUAAAACAGUUAUCUUCAGAAUUACAAAGGCGAGGUUUGGGUUAUGAGAUCGCUGCAGAACACGCACAUUCAAAUACCAUAUUAAUAUCGAGCACUAAGUUUAAGAAAAACGGCGAUUGGCAUACAUAUAUAGAUUUUGAAAAAUUCUUUGAGCUAUUGAACUCGGGUGCAUCAUUUUCUCAUGUAGACUACAUGGCGAAGACACCCGAAUGGGCGUUAUUUGGCAAUGGCGGUUUCGCACCUGGCAAUGUGAGAUUCUACAGGAAAAAGAAGAACCAAGAACCACCAAUAGCGGAAAUUUCGUCUUCUACUGGCACCACUGCUUUGACCCCAUGA